CCAUCACCCAUCCUUCCAUUCAACGCCUUCAGCCAUGAGUACAACAACCUUAAUAGAUGAAGAACAGCAACAACGUCAACAAGUCCGUUCUGCACUUUUACGCCACUGGACUUGGUUAGACCGUGCCAGACUGCAUACUUUCCAUUUUUGGCUAUUUGUUUAUUCUUUGGCACAAAUUUUUUUAUUUCACUAUUUAUGCCACCGUGUUUGGUCCUUUAUUUAUGUUUUCUUUUGUGCGAUAUUCCCAGCUUUAGUUUUGGCUUCUAUUGUGUUGAUACGUUAUGGACGGUUGGAAUUUUCUAGGAAAAGACUACGGUGGUUUUCUUUGGUUGGUUUUUGA